AUGCCCAGCAGGACGGAACCCGAGGACGUCACCAUGGACGAGGCGCCCACCUCUGCCCAGCCCGAGGAGAACGAGGCCGAGGAGCAGGAGGCUGAGCAGGAGGAGGAGGAGGAGGAAGAGGAGGAGGAGGAAGAGGAGCCCCAGCGCGUCAAGAUUCUCCCCGGCUCAUCAGACACGGCCGCGUCGUUUGAAUUCAUCGAUGAGAGCCAUACUCUCGGCAACGCGCUGAGGUUCAUCAUCAUGAAGAACCCUGACGUUGAGUUCUGCGCCUACUCUAUCCCUCACCCCUCCGAGGCCAAGAUGAACAUCAGAAUCCAGACCUAUGACGGAACUGCUGUCGCGGCUCUGCAAAAGGGUCUCAAGGACCUGCAGGCCCUCAGCGACACCGUCGCGGCGGAGUUCCUCCGUUCCAAGGAGGAGUUCGGCCGUUCAUAG